CAAUUUCUUACCUGUUUGGUGGGCAUUGCUAUACACCAACUGAACUGCAUGAGUACAGCUGACAAUCUCACGGAUCACGUAACCAAAACCCAAAAUGUCGCUCCCCUCUCUCUUCUCCCUCGAAGGCAGCACCGCCAUUGUCACCGGUGGCACCAGAGGAAUUGGCCAGACGAUGGCCUACGCCCUGGCCGAAGCAGGUGCCGAUAUCAUCUUGAUUCAGAGGGAUGAGAGCAACACCACCACCCGUGACGAAAUCACCGCCCGCAUUGGCCGCAAAGCCCACAUCCACGUAGCGGAGCUCUCCGACCGCGCCGCCCUCAAACAGAUCCUGCCCGCCCUGACCAGCCAGGGCUUCAAGCCCGACAUCCUGUUGAAUUGCGCAGGCAUUCAGCGGAGACAUCCAAGCGAACGAUUUCCAGAUGAAGAUUGGGAUGAGGUAAUCAACGUCAACCUGACCUCCGUCUUCACCCUCUGCCGCGAAUUCGGCGCCUACCUCCUCGCCCAACCAGAGGGGAACGGCGGCCGACGCGGCGCCAUCAUCAACGUCGCAUCCCUCCUCACCUUCCAAGGCGGCAUCACGGUCCCCGCGUACGCGGCAUCCAAGGGUGGCGUCGCGCAGCUCACCAAGGCGCUGUCGAACGAGUGGGCGAGCAAAGGCAUCAAUGUGAAUGCGAUCGCGCCGGGUUAUAUCGCCACGGAUAUGAAUACCGCGCUGAUUAAUGAUGCGGAUAGAAAUGCGGGGAUUAUGGCGCGGAUUCCCGCGGGCAGGUGGGGGAAACCGGAGGACUUCAAGGGGGUGGUGGUGUUUUUGGCGAGUCGGGCGAGCACGUAUGUUUCAGGGGAGGUGGUUUGUGUUGAUGGAGGGUGGAUGGGACGGUAGUUCUUUUGUCCCUUGGAGUAGAUUUAUGAUGGUCAUGGUUGGAUGUUUGUACAUAUUUAUUGAAUCCGAGGACAUAUUAUCUGCC